AUGACGACUCAAUAUGGCAGUAUCAAUGACCAGAAUGGUGACGAAGAACCCAUCGACAAUGGCAAAGCUCAGGCUCUGCCCCAAAAUGUCGUACGGGAGCCAUUCAGCUUGACUCCAUACAUGCAAUUAAUGCGACUUGAUCGACCAGCCGGCUUCAUCGGCUUCUACAUGCCCUCUGUUCUGGGUCUCGUCUACGCUGCAAGCAUUGCCGAGCCAUCAGCCGUGAGCCCAGUACAGUUACUGCAGAUGUGCAUCUUUUUCUUUGUUGCCAAUCUCCUCAUUCGCGGUGCAGCCUGCACCUGGAACGACAAUAUCGAUCAAGAAUAUGACCGAAAGGUCGACCGCUGUCGCAAUCGACCCAUUGCUCGAGGGGCCGUCUCCACGACCCAGGGCCACAUUUUCAUGCUGGCGCAGACAGCCGCUCUAGUAUGGCUUUUCAAUUACCUUCCCCGUCAAUGUGAUGUGUACUCUAUCGCUAUGGGCGCCUUAUACGUUCUCUACCCCUUCUGCAAGCGGUUCACUCAUUACCCACAAGCUAUCCUGGGUGUGCCUUUGGCUCUUGCUAUCAUCGUUUCUGCAUACUCGUUUGGUGUUCUUGAGUCUCUCUGGAACAGUCCUGACACUGCCAAGGCUACAAUCGCUUUAUGUGUUAUUGAGAUUUUUUGGACUAUGAUCUACGAUACCAUCUACGCCCAUCAAGAUCUUCAGGAUGAUAUCAAGGCUGGAGUUAAGUCCAUGGCUGUUCGAUUUCAGAACAGCACAAAAAAGCUUUGCACUAUUCUUGCCAUUCUGCAGGUAGUUCUGCUUGUGUUGGUUGGAAUUUGGACUAAUAUGACGACUGGAUACUUCCUUGUUGGGUGCGGAGGAAGUGCUGUCUCCCUGGCUGUGAUGAUUUACACCGUCGACUUGAACGUGCCGGCUAGUUGUGCCAAGUGGUUUAAGCUGGGCUUUGUUUUCGUUGGCGGAAGCAUGAAUGCUGGGUUCUUCGUGGCGUAUUUGGAGAAACUGCUUGCUCAUCAGUAA